UAUUGGCUUAUAAAUUCACGAUCCUUACCAAGUCGAUGAGGCACCAUGAGUCGUUCUUUAUACAAACAAUCCUCUCUGGACAGUCCAGGCCUCUCUUACCACGCUAGGGGCCCGGAGGAUGUCGACUCACCGCCUGAAAAACCUGUCCAACUCAACAGAUCUCUCACGGUCAGCGGCCCUCGAGGGAGCAUCACAGGCUCUAGGACUCUACUCCGAGCGCGAGACUCGAACUCUCCCCUCAAGAGAUUCACUCGUGCCAAACAGAGCAUCAGCAAUGCUUUUGGAUUGGUUCGUAAUCGACUGGUCGAGGCUCAGAGCUUUAUGAUGCUGUCUCGACAGACGUCCGAAUGUCCUCCACUGACUGUGCUACUGGACCGUACCCGCGGGAUCGAGGACAUCCUGUCACGUGAUCACAUGAAGGUGGCAUUCUUUGGGCGUACGAGCAAUGGGAAGAGUACAGCCAUCAAUGCUCUACUCCGAGACAAGGUUCUGCCGGCCGGUAUUGGACACACAACCAACUGUUUCUGUAGCGUAAUUGGUGCCGAGGGGGAGGAGGGCUACGUACUGUCACCUGACUCACAGGAACGGCAAAAUGUCAAGAAUGUGAAGCAGCUGGCUCACUCUCUGCACAAGGAACACCUCGACCCUAGCAGUAUGUUGCAAGUCUACUGGCCAAUGACAAAAUGCCACCUGCUGAAGGAUGAUGUGGAGCUAAUGGACAGCCCUGGUAUAGACAUGGACCCAGAUAUGGACCAGUGGAUCAACAACCAUUGCCUUGACGCUGAUGUCUUUGUCCUCGUCUCCAACGCUGAGUCGACCCUCAUGAGAGCUGAGAAGCAGUUCUUCCAUCGUGUGAGUGAACGUCUGUCAAAACCCAACAUCUUCAUCCUCAACAAUCGCUGGGAUUGCUCAGCUCAGGAGCCGGAGAUGAUGGAAGAGGUGAAAGAGCAGCACUUGAAGUGUGAUAUUGCCUUCCUCUGCCACCAGCUCAAGGUGGCAGAUGAACGUACAGCUAAGAACAGAGUGUUCUUUGUGUCAGCCAAGGAGGUGUUGCAGGUGCGAACACAAGGUCAGCAGAUACCAGAGGGCAAGGGCAUGCCUGACGGUUGGAAGGCUAGACUCAUGGAGUUCGAAAGGUUUGAGCAGCUCUUCAAAGAGUGUGUUUCAAGUUCUGCCAUUCGGACAAAGUUUGAGCAUCAUCACAAGCAGGGGUCAGAGGUCGUAGAAGAUCUGGAGAGUCUACUAGUGCAGGAGGAGACUCAGAUACAGCAGAGCAAUGACACAGUGAGUGCCCAGCUGAGUGGCAGCUGGCAGAGGAAGGCAGCGUUACAAGACCAGGGCUCUCAGCUCAGAGAGUAUGGACAGCAAGUCAUCUCCACUACAGCCACGGCCGUCGAGCAGAAGGUUGCCGUAGCAAUGCGGGAUAUUGAGGGACAAUUGCUACCAAUAGUGGACGGCUUCAGAGGAGUGAACUUUGACCCUAGCCACUGUGCAACGUACAAGGAGGGGCUGUGUGAGUGGGUGGAUGGACAACUGGUGAAGGAGCUCGGGAAAGUGGGUGGAGCCUCUUUAGGAGCCAUGCAUGACCAGGCACAGCAGAAACUCAUUGACACAUACCAGAGUCUGUUGCAGUUGCCAGGGGACAAGCUAUCACGGUUCCAACAGCUGGUCCGCCCACCACAGCUCUCCUAUGUACUCAAAUGUUCCGAUCUGACGGAGGAUUUCAAAGAGGAUCUUAAUUUCCAUUUCUCACUCGGCCUGGGCAGGGUGGCGAAAAUACUUAACUUUGGGUCAUGGUUUGACAGCUUGUCUCCACAACUUUCCACUCUGUGGACCAUCGUCCCAGUCGAGUACGUGGUCCCGGGACUCCUCCUACUAGGCGGAGCUUUGUUGCCAAGGUUUCUGUCGUGGCGACUGCUUGUCCCGUCCCUGGCUGUGUACGGUGGUAUCUAUGCCUAUGAGAGACUCACAUGGACGGAGAGGUCCAAGGAACAGGCCAUCAAAUCACAGUUUGUCCGCCACAUGAGGUCAAAGGUGAGCACUCAGAUCAGAGCUACAAGUAACGUGUACACCCGGCAAUUGAGUGGUAACCUGGGACUGCUGCUAGAGGGACUCAAUGGUUCACUGGAGACAUGUCAACAAGAGGAGAAUGGUCACAUUGCACAGCUAACUCAGGAGCAGACCAGACUCACACAGCUUGGGGACAAGGGACGGAAGCUCAAGAACGCUGUUCAUCUGCUCAGGAGUGACUUUGAGAUGUUCAAGGAGGACUACCUCGACGAUGCUGACUCAGCAUAAUCAAUAACGUAUUUUUUGUGAACUAUUGCUGUUUCUAUAUUAUAAUUAUGUAUGUAGCUGUUGCCAUGGUACCUGUAACUAGGCCAAUGAUUGUAUUAUUAUCUGCUGAAAUUAUUUAUGUGCUCAUUGUCGUUUUCUGUCAAAACAUAAAGAGUUUUAAUUAUCGCUCUCUGCCAUGAAAUUUUCCAUUUA